AAAAAAGAAAAAAAAAGCGGAACCGUCCAAACCGUGUUUGGGGAUGAUGAAAUUCCCACGCUGACACUCGCCAUCCAAGUCUUUCCCUCGACUCUAAAAGAGAAGACAACCAGCAGGUACGAUGUCUGUCCUGGAACGACCUACGUCGCCCCUCAAGCCAGAGGUCAAACCAAAACCAGAGAUCCCUCAGAGAUCACUGCACAGUAACUCUCUUUGUCUUGUGGGCGGAGGCUGCACUUCAGGCACCACUCAAGGAAAAGUCAAGAAAAUAGCAAAAAAGUUUACCCAGCAGGACUCCAGCGAAGCAGGAGAGCAGUUGGUGAAUGGCGCUGCAGCACUCUCGUCAAGUAAAGAGGGGAAAAAGCCACCUGAGAUAAAACCCAAACCAGACAACAGCGGCCCACAGCCUCAGGUGGGGACAGAGCAGGCGCCGCCACUGCCCAAGAAGAGGAGCCGCUUCCAGAAUAAAAAGGACAGCAUAGGAGGAGAGGACAGCGAUGGCAUGAAUGUAGACAAACGGCGAUCAGCGCCUGAUGGGAAGGAGGUGGAGGCUCAGGGGCCAGGAGCAGCUGAAGCAAAGGAAGAUCACACACUAUACUCUCCUCUCAGUCGCUGCUGCAACAUAACCUGCACCUGCAUGUGUCAUCUAAAGAGACCCGGCAUGAUGCUCAUAUGGGUGCCUAUGGAUGAGCAUGAAAAUGAGGGUCCGGGUGGGGAGGGUAAGGCAAAGGUGAAGGUGCAGAGAGAAGGGAUGGAUGUGAAGGGACAGAAAGUAGAGCAUGGGUUGAAAGCAAAGGCAGCAAAGAAGCAGAUGGAAGUAAAGCCAGCAGAAAAGGAAAAGGAGAUGCACGGAGAAGAGACGGAAGUGAGAGGGCAGAAAGCAAAAUCUGAGUUGGACAUUCAGGCAGCAAAGGAGGGGGAAGUGAAGGAUGCAGAGAAGGAGAUGGAAAAUGAGAAUUUGGAGAAAAAGAGGGAAGUAGAAGUGCAGAAAGCAGAGAAUAAGCUGGAAGUGAACACAACAGAGACAGAGAUCGAAUUGAAUGCAGCACAGAAGGAGGUGGAAGAUCAUAGAGCAGAGAAUGGAAAGGUCUGUGAGGAGAUUAAAGAGGUAGAUGAUAGGGAAGGGAAGAAUGAGGCAGGAGAUGAAAGGGAUAGGGCUCCUGUGGUAGAUGAGAAAGCGGUGAAAUCACAGUUCCAUCAAUCUUUGGAAAUUUUGCUGGCUGGGGGUCUAAGAAGAUGUUCAAACCAGGGUUCUCAACUCCCCCUUGCUCCCUAUCGGCCUCCACCGGUCCAGGACCAGUCCCUAGAAGACAAAGAGGAUAGUAUUUACGAGCUCCAACUUCCUGUGGCUGAUCAGGCUGCUAAAAAAAUGUCAUCUGCGAGGAAGGAUGUUCCUCAAAUAACAAUCAGCAAACCAGCUCAUCAGAGUAAACCUGCCAACGCCUCAGACUCUACACCUGAGCUUGAAAAUACGACAGAACCACCUGCCAUACCACCUAGGGUUCCUGUGAAUGAUGUUCCACUCCCCUGGAAUGAGAAUAACUCUGGGAGAACCUCCCCUGGCAGCAACUCCUCAUUUGGUAGGAUCAGGCCACCGCCCCCAAAAGCUUCACCUCCAUGCAGCCCUCUGUCUCCUCGCAGACUGCCACCUGCUCCACCAAAGACAGAUUCCAGGAGGGCCAGUAAUACCUUCAUGCAGUCCACCAUCUUGUCUGGAGAAGAAAAUAAGAGCAAUAAAGACAAAAAAGAAACAGAACAGCCAUUCAACCGGGAGUUCCAGCUGAACGACGAGCCUCUGUACCAAACAUACAGCGACUUCGCCAUCAGGAAGGAGCUGCGUCGACAGACCGUUAUCCGCUCCAUCAGCAAAACUAGUGCGGACUACGCUAUGGAAUGGGCGGCCCGCAUGAACGAGAAAAUAUCUGGAAAGUCAGAGGGAACCGGAGCAGCCAAGAGUGGCCCCAUGCCCAAUGUGAAUCAAAGCACCUUGUGGCAGGACCUCCCAGCUGUACGGGACAGUGGAUUGCUGGACCAGUUCACUCCUGAUCAAAUCAAGUACCAGGAGAGCAUGUUUGAGGUCCUGACCUCAGAGGCCUCCUACCUGCGGUCCCUCCGCGUUUUGACUGAGCACUUUAUGGAAAACAGGGAGCUGGGAGGGACGCUCAUCAUGAGUGACAAGAAAACCCUCUUCUCUAACAUCACGAAGGUCCGCGAGGUCAGCGAGAGGUUCCUGAAAGACCUGGAAGACCACAUAUUCAAGGAGAUAAUGUUCCUAGACAUAUGCGACAUCCUCAACUAUCACGCCCAGCACAACUUUUCCGCCUACAUCGACUAUAUCCGCAACCAGAGCUACCAGGAAAAGACCUACAGCCGACUCAUGAAGACUAAUGAACAGUUCGCUACAGUUAUCAACCGUCUUCAGGAGCUGCCUGAGUGCCACCGGCUGCCCUUCAUCUCCUUCCUGCUGCUGCCCUUCCAGCGAAUAACACGGAUCAAGAUGCUCAUCGAGAACAUCCUGAAGAGAACAAAUGAGGGUACAGCAGAGGAGCAGACGGCCUCCAAGGCUUUGUCCUCUGUCACUAAGAUCAUUGAUCAAUGUAACAGAGAUGUGGGAAAGAUGAGACAAAUGGAAGAGCUGAUUGAAAUCUCUAAGAUGCUCGAGUUUGAUAAGCUCAAGGCCAUCCCGAUCAUCUCUGAGUCUCGAUUUCUGGAGAAGAAGGGAGAGCUCCAAGAAAUGUCAAAAGCAAAAACCUUUGUCAACAUGAGGGCCAGGUUCUCUGUGGUCUACCUCUUCCUGUUUAACGACCGGCUACUGAUUACUGUUAAGAAAGGCUCGGACCGUUACGUGGUGGUGGACCACACUCAUCGCUCUUUGGUGCAGGCCCAGCCUUUAGAUGAAUGUUUUGGUGGCGCAGCCUAUGAGAACUGCUUCAACCUCGUCAUGCUGGAAAACCACCAAGGACGCAUGAUGGAGCGGAUCCUCAAGGCCCCGUCCAAGUCCGACAUGCAGAGAUGGUUGGCGGCUUUCCCCAGGUCCACCCAAGAAGAUAUCGAUGAAGAAGUGAUUUAUGAGGACUGGGACUGUCCUCAGGUGCAGUGUGUGGAGCAGUACGUUGCCCAGCAAGCAGACGAGCUCAGCCUGGAGCCCACCGAGAUAGUGAACGUCAUCCGCAAAACCAACGAGGGCUGGUACGAAGGAAGCCGUUUGUCCGACGGUCAGAAGGGCUGGUUCCCCGAUGAAAACGUCAUCGAGAUCACCAACGAGCACGUCAGGAGAAGAAACAUCAAGGAGCGCUACAGGGUCUCUCAGGCCACGAGGAUGGUGAAAAGCCCCAAGACCCGCUGAGCACGUUUGCAUCAAAUAAACGCUUCAAGGGACAAUAAGAGGGGAAAAGUCAGAAACAAGGAAAACAUACUGUAGAUAUUCCCUCUUUAUAUAACUGACAACUCCGAACUAAAAUUAAAACUUUUAUUGCGGGUGCUGAAACAUAUGACAACUACAUCUGAGAAACUAAAAGCACAUCCCAGUCAUUCUGGGCAUUUCUGAAGCAGUUUGUCUGGUGUUACUUUUCAGCACAGACUCUGUUAAUGUUGAGUCAAGCUCAUUCUCCCGUUUCCACCCCUGCGAAACAAGCUGCAGACGGUCGAGGAGAUCCAGUUUUCAGGAAUCUCUCCGCUGUGGAGUCACCAGAAGGAUGAGCUCUUAAAAGAAUAUUGUGGAGGGUUUAAAACUUUGAUGGUGCAGGAAUACUACAGCUCCCCCUACAGUUUUUAAUAAGUAUACCACUCUGUAGAAAAAUGUAAAUAUGUUGAAAAAUGUAAAUUAUAAAAGGGUGUUCUGUUUAAACCAGGGACUUACUUUUAAUAAAAAGUACUGUUUGUAAAA